CUCUCUCUCUUCUCUCUCUCUACUUCCUCCACCUCCAUCAAGAACACACCCAGAAACCCAGAAGCCGCAAGAAAGAACUCCACUCAUUUCGCUCACUCGAUCCUCCCAUCUCCGAUUCUGCUGCUCUCCCACUCGUUUCCGGUUCCAAAUUUCGGAGCUUUCUCAUGGGUUUCCCCGUGUGCUACAGCGAGCUCCUCCUCCCGAAGCUCCUCCUCGACACCCUCUCCAUCUUCACCGCCCUCCGCCGGCUCAUCUCCGCCCUCUUCCACCUCGCCGGCCUCCCCGGCUUCCUCGACCCGGAGGGGUCCCGCGACCCGGCGUCCCGUCCCCCCUCCUCCUACGCCCCCUCCUCCGCCGCCUCCGCCGCCGCCUACUCCGGCGAGCCCGCGCCGUCCGUGUCGGCGGCCCUGAUGCGGGAGAUCCUGCCGGUGGUGAGGUUCGCGGACCUGGUCGACCCCCCGGAGAGCUGCGCCGUCUGCCUGUACGACUUCGAGGGCGGGGACGAGACCCGGCGCCUCGCGAACUGCAGCCACGUGUUCCACCGGAGCUGCCUGGACCGGUGGAUGGGGUACGACCAGAUGACGUGCCCGCUCUGCCGGACGACGCUGGUGCCGGACGACGUGGUCGGCGCCAUCAACGAGCGGCUGUGGGCGGCGUCGUUCGUGCCGGAGUUCCACGGCUUCGAAGAGUAUGCCCACAUCACUGGUUUAUAGUAACAAAAAGGACGGCCAAGUUUUGAUUUUUAUUUCUCGAAUCUCUGCUUUUUUUUCUUCUUUUUCUUUUUUUUUUUGGGGUUGGAGGGGGUUGGAUUGAUCUUUUGUAUAUAGGUGGAAAAUCGAUCGACCGACCCCAAAAAAAGGGUAAAAAAUAUGUCGAAAAAGUGAAAAAUUAAUUCGCACGAAUUUUGUAUAUUUUACUUGCGGGAAAUUGAUCAAAUCUUGGCACCA